AUGUGGGGGGCUGCGGCAGGAGGGAGGCUUCAUGGCGCCCCAGCCCGGGGUCCCCUUUCGGCCGUGCUGGGGUUUGCCUUGGCCGCCCGCCAGACGCCGGAAUGUGCCGGCUGGCUGCUUCUCCGCUGCCCCUGGAAGGCCCACAAAGGAGCUCUGAGCGCCGUGAAUGGGGGCUCUGAGAUGCCCCAGAAACACCCCGAAUGGGGGGGCGCCAGGCCGCAGGGAACUGGGCCCCCGCCAGCCCGGGACGUGGCUGACGUGCGCCCGACUCAGGCUCCGGUCAGCCGGGCAGGCCCUGGCUCUAUCUACGCCCAGGACCUCAAGAUGGGGGACCUGCACACCCCCAAGCCUCCUGCUCCUGGGAUCCCCCAGCUCCCCAACCUCGGGACCCCGGUCCCUCCCAGCCUCAGAACCCACCUCCCCGGGGCCUGGGGAGCCCCGGGUGUCAGGCUGGACCUCCGGGGCCUGACUCUCCGUCCUCCCCCACAGAAACGCAACCGGGCCAUCACGGCCCGCAGGCAGCACCUGAAGAGCGUGAUGCUGCAGAUCGCGGCCACCGAGCUGGAGAAGGAGGAGGGUAGACGGGAGUCCGAGAAGCAGAACUACCUGGCCGAGCACUGCCCACCCCUGCACAUCCCCGGCUCCAUGGCCGAAGUGCAGGAGCUGUGCAAGCAGCUGCACUCCAAGAUCGACGAGGCCGAGGAGGAGAAGUAUGACAUGGAGGUGAAAGUGCAGAAGAGCACCAAGGAGCUGGAGGACAUGAACCAGAAGCUGUUUGAUCUACGAGGCAAGUUCAAGCGGCCCCCGCUACGUAGGGUCCGCAUGUCUGCGGACGCCAUGCUCAAGGCGCUGCUGGGCUCCAAGCACAAGGUGUGCAUGGACCUGAGAGCCAACCUCAAGCAGGUCAAGAAGGAAGACACAGAGAAGGAGCGGGACCUGCGUGACGUGGGUGACUGGAGGAAGAACAUCGAGGAGAAGUCUGGCAUGGAAGGCCGCAAGAAGAUGUUCGAGUCUGAGUCCUAGGACCUCGAGGCCCCCAGCCCCUGCCCUGCCCUGCCCAAGCACCAAUAAAUGUCUCGGUGCCCUGA